AUGUCCGACGCCGGAAACUACGACGCCUCUGUUGAGGUCUUUGGGCAAGGCCCUGCCCCUUCAGCUGUUGGCCCUAGCCCUGAGAAUGUCGCUGCCAUUCGUGCUCAUGGCUGGAUGGAGAAUGAGAAGCUCAACUAUGACGCUUUCAACGCUCCUACCUCGGAGACCACCCCAGCCUGGGCCGGCGCCGCUGCAGUCUACGAAUGGACUGGCGAAGAGGGUGACAUCGGACCCCCUGACGCUGAGCUUGAAGGCCAGCUGUUCGGUGGAGAACACAACAGAGCCGGCACUUCGCUUGAUCACAUCUUGAACUUCAAGGCCAUCAUCGACGGGCCCAAGCAGUACAAGCCCAUUGACAGCUUCGACUCCGCCGGUCUGCACCCCCAAGUCCUCGAGAACGUGAAGCUUUGUGGCUAUGAUCAAAUCACGGUCAUUCAAGCAUACUGUGUCCCCAUUAUUCUGGCAGGCCACGAUCUCGUUGCCGUUGCUCAAACCGGAUCGGGCAAGACAGCCGCGUAUCUUGUGCCUAUCAUCUCCAAAUUGAUGGGCAAGGUCCGCAAGCUCCAGGGACCUCGUCCUGCCAAAGGCUGUCGCGUUCGUGCAGAACCUCUUGUUGUCAUUGUCGUCCCUACUCGCGAGCUCGCUCAGCAGAUCUACAAUGAGGCACGCCGCCUCUGCUACCGCUCCAUGUUGCGCCCUGUCUGCGCAUACGGCGGUAUUCCCAUGGGCAUCAACCUCCAGGAGCUCGGAAAGGCUUGCGACCUCCUCAUUGGUACGCCUGGCCGCUUGCAAGACUUGAUGAAUAAGCCCGACGUUCUGUCAAUGAGCCGUGUAAAGUUCACGGUCAUUGAUGAGGCCGAUGAGAUGCUCACCAGCGAUUGGGAUACCGAGAUGGCCAAGAUCAUGGCUGGCGGUGAUGCCAACGAGGACCCUGAUCACGCGUACCUCUUGUUCUCAGCCACAUUUCCCAAGGAAUCACGCAAGGUGGCUAAGGCUUACAUGAAUCCGGACGCCAUUCGUGUUCGCAUCGGCCGUGCUGGUUCUACUCACAAGAAUGUCAGCCAAGACAUCAUCUUUGUUGAGCGUAACAUGAAGAAGCAAGCUUUGCGUGACCUGCUCAUGUCUAGAGACGCCUGCCGCACUCUUAUUUUCUGCAACAGCAAGGGUGGAGUCGAAGAGCUCGAUGACUACCUUUACAACGAGGGCUUUCCCACCCUCUUCAUGCACGGUGACCGUUCUCAACUCGAGAGAGAGGAUGCUAUGAGAAGCUUCAAGAGCAAGCAGAAUGGCAUCCUGAUCGCCACAAACGUCUUCGGCCGCGGCAUUGAUGUUCCUCAGGUCAAUCAUGUGAUCUGCUACGACCUCCCCGGCGUCGAGUACGGCGGCAUUUCUGAAUACAUCCACCGUAUCGGACGCACUGGUCGUAUUGGACACAAGGGUCAUGCGACUUCAUUCUACAAUGAACGCAACGAGGACCUUGCUCCCGCCCUGGUCAACAUUCUUCUUGAAACCGAACAGCCUGUUCCUGACUUCCUCGAGCAGUUCAAGCCCGAGAAUGGUCAGCCUGAUUUUACAGAGGAUGUGACUGACGAUGAGGAGGAAGCUGAGCCCGGCUAUGUCACUGCUGCUGGUGCCGAUGGUUCGGCUGAGGCUCCUGCUGAUGCCUGGGGCACUGGAUCCGCUCCCGCUGCUGCUGCCGCUGAUGCUUGGGGUACUGGUAACAAUGCCACUGCUACUGCUACUACUGAGGCUGGCCCCUGGGGUGCUUCUGCUGGUGAUGCUGCUUGGUAA